UAAUCUCACAACUGGUCGUUUAUAUAGACCCGAUUUAGUUUUCACCUCCACCACCCGAACAAUACCAUCUAUGCCAGGGAAUAAUUUUUCGACUCUACCGACUGGCCAACGAAGAACGGCCCCAAUAAAGUUAGUACCAUUAUCGGAGUACACCACUGAACAUGCGCCCCUUCUGGAUAAAAAGCGUUUGAAGGCAGCCAAAAAUAGAUCGGUUGAUAAAUCCGACACGAGUUCUAAAUGGAGAGCUUUAGUACAUAAGCAUAUGAAUAAACAUAAGUAUGCCUUUUGGCUCUUUACUCCACGAUUUCGACUCAUAGUAAUGAAGAAUGGCCCUGCAAAAUCAACCCCAACAUGUAAAAAGGAUUUUGAAGUUUCUGAAACUCUAACUGAAGGUAAAUCCGCCAUUUUGGGAAAAACGGGCUUCGGAUUUAAUUUAAAACAAUGGUUGCAUUUCCUCAAGUUAUGCCUAAUUGUAUUACGGGCGCCCAGUAUCCAAUAUUUUUGGCGUAGUAUGGAUGAAACUAACGAUGGCCCUGGAGAAGUAGUGGAUGCUUUUGCUCAAAACUAAUAUCAGCAUUUCGUAAACGUCCACCUACACGUAUCAGCCCAUCAUGCAAAAAGAGACUAAGUGGUCGUAAAUUUGCAGUGGAAAGGCUUCUAUUUUCCAACGAUCGA